AUGGUGGCCACUGCUUUCAUGACCACCUCUCAGCCACGCUGCCGCCGCCGCUCGUCCGGCCUCUUCCUCGCGCUGGCGAAGAACCACCUUCUGCGCCUGGCCGUGGUAGUCCUGAUGACGAUGGUGCUCCUUACCGCCUCAGUCGUCGCUGACCCCCCCCGACCAGGAGCACGCGCCGGACGAUGGUGUCACCUACGUCCGUGGCUGUUCGGAUCUUAUGAACGACAGGACGCCCGUGCAUGGCUACGUCCGCAUUGCGGGAGAUGUUCUCUGCGACAUGACUAAGGUGUGUGCGAGUCGCAGCAACAGCAGCAGCGGCAUAAUGAUACAGUAGUGUGAUGAACUUGUUCUUCUCCGAACUUUUGCCCAAGAUUGUGUGUGCGCGUGCUUCUCCUCUCUCUCAACUCUGUGCUUCUUCGUUCCUUCCCUUGCAGUUGGUUGAGUGAGGUGUCUGGGGGGGGUGGGGGCGUCGGCCUCUGUCUGCUGCCUGCCAAAUCGGCUCAUAA